AUGGAGCUGCUCAGCUCUGGAGCGCUGUCACCUAGCGUGCUCAGCGAGUGGGCCGCGGCGAAGGCUACGGCCAAGGGGAGCAGCAAGUCGACACCGCGGGGCAAGCCCAAGGUGCCGUUCAAGCAGCCGCCUGCCUUCUCAGGCGUGGACGGCGAGGAUUUCUACACGUGGAAGGACCAGCUGCUCACCACGCAGGUGUUGCACGACUACGACGACAGCGAGUUUGCCCCCGUCGUGGCCUACGCCCUGGCCAGCGCGGCCAUGAAGUGGAUGAGCGUGCAGCCGGCUACCACCACGCGUAGCGCUACAGCCCUGUUGGAGGGACUCAAACGGCGGUACGGCCUGCCCACCGUGGAAGCUCUUGCGCGUCACGUCCAAGCAUGCUGGCAGGAAAAAGGCGAGCAGGCCAGCGACUUUUGGUUGCGUAUCGGUAAGGAGGCGGCUCGCUUGGGUAGCAAGGCCAGGGCCCUUGUUGAUCUGAACGAGCUCUGGCGCAGCGGCCUGCGCCAGGACCUCUGUAACUACAUUGACCUCUUCCCACUGGUCAAUUAUGAGGCACUCUGGGAUCAACUUGACCGCUAUGAGUCCAACAAGAUUGCCCAGCAAGCAGCAGCCGUCAUGGCCACCGUGCCUACGAGUCCAUUGGUGGUGGAGCAACUUGCUGUGCUCACGGAGGCUGUGGUGCGGCUCACAGCAGAGUGA